UACUUUGCAGUGGUGUGCAUUGUUUGUUUCUUAUAAAGUAAAAAUGUUAUAAUUUUGAUAUGAUCGAAUGAAUAAAUGUGCAGAUUGAGUUCAAGAAAAGGUGUCAUGAGUGGUUCAGAGUCAGAUGAGGAAAAUGUUAUCAAAUACGGCACUCCGUUGGAACCGUAUGAUGAAGAUGAAAUUCCAUCCAAACGUAAAUUUCAACAGCCAUCUGACCAGUAUGCCGUGGACACUCACGGUCGGAGACGCUUUCAUGGUGCUUUCACGGGAGGUUUCUCAGCUGGAUAUGGCAACUCUGUGGGAACUCCGGAAGGGUGGACUCCAGCCAGCUUCAAAAGCUCAAGGACAGAGAAAGCUGCAAUAUCGAAUCAAAGACCAGAGGACUACAUGGAUGAUGAGGACAGAGGAGAAUUCGGUAUUGCACCCCAAACACUACAAACCCAGGCUGAGUUCUCUGGCCAGAAAAGACAAAGGCAAAGAUACCACGAUGGACCUAUACCAGGCGAGCCGGUGUUGGAGCAGCUGGUGCGCGCGGUGCACGAGACCGCGGCGGUGAAGCUGCUGCGCCGCAUGGGCUGGCGGCCCGGCCCCGCCCACCGCCCGGCGCGCAGGAAGACCACACAGCAGAAAGUGUACGGAUGUUACGUGCCACCGGAGAUGAGACAGUCCCAGGAGAGCCAGGAGUCUGCAUCCGCGAGCUCGGAGUCGGAGUUCGAGUACGAGGACCUAUUCGAAGCGGAGGAACACGAGCGGCAGGCGGCGAUGCGCAAGAGUGACCGCUUCGGCAUCGGCUACACCGGCCUGAGCCGACGCUCCGUGCUGGGCGGGGACGGUGGCCCGACCAGUCAUCUCGUGAUGAAGGAUAAGGGGAAAAGGGUGUCGAUCCGCGGUCAGGCGUUCGGCGUGGGCGCGUUCGAGGCGGACGACGAGGACAUCUACGCCGCCGACGACAUGUCGCGCUACGACCGUGCCAUCGGCCCGCCGCCCCCCCCAGACAACGACAAACACACGCGUAAAGUGGCGAAGAGCGGUAACGUGUUGGAGGGUUUCGUGAAGGCGAGCGGGGCGGAGCGCGCCGCGCCCCGCCACCCGCCGCCCGCGCUCCCCCGCGACUACCGCCCCGCCCCCGCCCCCGCCGCGCGCACGCGCUUCGAGCCCACCGACAAGCCGCAGCGGGACCAGGGUUUGGGCAGGCACGAGCUGUCGGCGGCGGCUCGCGGCGCGCUGUUGGGCGAAACGCCGCUGUCGCGGGCGGAGGAGCGGCCCCGCCCCCCCGUCGCCGCCGCACCUCCCGUCAAGGUCGUCGACUUGACCGCCGCCGGCGCCGCCCCCGCAGCCCCCAGCGAGGACUUCAUCCCCGUAGGCGGCUCCGGCGGCCCGCCCCGCGUGUUCCGCCCCUUCGUCGCCGACCCCCCCAAGCAGGCGCGCUACGAGCGGUACCUGGCGGGCGGCGCGUGCGAGCGGGACAGCGCGAGCGCGCUCGCCGAGUGGGAGCGGGACAGGGAGAUGCGCGAGUUCGAGCAGGCCGCCAAGCUCUACCGCCCGCUCACCGGCGCCAUGAGCGACAGGUUUACGCACGCGGCGGAGCCGGACGACGCGGCGAACCCGCUGUCGGCGGUGUCGCGGAGUGCGGCGUGCGGCGCGGCGACGGCGGCGCAGGCGGAUGCGGCGCGGCGCGGCGUGUACGGCGUCAUGACGCGCACGCACGCGUCCUGGCGACCCGAGCCGCUCGUCUGCAAGCGGUUCAACGUGCCCGAGAUCGGCGGCGGCAGGUCCGAGCCGACGAAACGGGACAAGCCCGACGUGUCCUACUCGAUAUUCUCGUACCUGGAGAGCUCCGUGCACGACCGGGAGAGCUUCACUCGGGAGCAGACCAAGUUCAGCGGGUCCAAGUCCCUGGCGGACGCGCCGCCGCCACCCCCGGCUCCCGCGGCGGCAGGCGGCGCCGACACUCGACCGGGCGUAGGAGGCCGGGAGCUCGGCGACGACGGGGCGCCCAAUAAAAGAAUGACGGUGGCCGAGCUGUUCCUGAAGGAGUCCGAGAGGGCCGUGGAAAAAUCUGAGAAGGUCCAGGACACCAUCGAGAAGUUCGACAGGCUUGACCUGUACAAGUCCAUAUUCCUGAGCGACAGCGAGCCCGAGGAGGCGGCGGCGGGAGCCCCGGACGGCUCCGAGGUCGAACCGCGGAACACGGAGCGGAACACCUCCCCGCCGCGCGGCAUCUUCGCCGGCAUAGACUUCGACGAGCUCAACUCCUGGAGGAGAAGCGCCGCCGAGCCACCUGAACCGGAAAAGGUACCCUCCGACGCUCGACCAACCGAUAAAAAGACGGAUGCGGGGGAAGAUGACGCCGUGUACGGCCCCAAGAUCCCCGACGACCUCAAACAGAGGAUCACCAGCGGCGAGAGUGGGCCGCGGCCCCGGCCAUACGGCGGGGUCGAGAGCGGGCCGCGGCCCCGCCGGGACAGCGGGGGCGAGUCCUCCGGCGAGGACUCGUGGGUCGACGCCACCGAACUUAACAACAAACAUAAAAAUAAGAAACACAAAAAACACAAGUCCAAGCACAAGAAGACAAAACAUAAAAAGAAGGAUAAAUAAAGAAUGCUUAUUUGGUUGUGGU